ACAAAGAAGUGGUUUGUUGCAGUGCUCGAACUACUUUUCGGAAACAAGGCCAUGCAUAUGCUCUGCGACGCCAACCCAAAUUGAUUGUGUUGUUUGACGUGAAUUUGCGCAAGCAGAUUAGUUCAUGAAUGUAGAAAUGUUGUUUACACACUGAUUGUGGUCUGCUCAUUGACUCCGCGUGAGCAUAAUCGGGUUCUGCGAAGUAGCGUCCACAACCUGUUCGAUAAAAUUCCCCACUGAGAAAUUUUUGCGCUGUGGUAAUGCUAUUUGGAUCAUUUCGAACAGUUGCACACUUAAAUUGGAGGUUCCUACACAAGUGCUGCAAACAGAGCUUCACUGAUGGUGCAGAAGUAAGAACCUUUGCUCGUGCGCUAUACUCUUCUCGAUUUGGUUCUGUGGAGCUGCCAGGGAAACGUAAGAAGUCAGAGAGGAAGCCAUGGCUAACCGAAAUCAACGAAAUCAAGCGGAUAUCGAGGAUGGAAAAGCGAGAAAGGAGAAUUGUUCGUGAAUCGAUAUUAGAACCUCCUGAAAAUGGAUUGUUGGUGAAAGAAUUAAUUCCAAUAGCUCAUGAAGUUUUUGCUGCUAGGACUCGACUGGUGACAUGUGUGUCAAGAGUAGCUGAUGAAAUCCCAAUUUUCGUUUGCAGUGUUUGUGGCGAUGUUCAUGUGGGCGAUCCACCGCAUAAGAUUAAAACAUGUAAUGUGAGUGGUAGCCAGAAGAAUAAAGAGCACACUUGGGCCAGAGGUGGUGCUGAUCAUGUAUUUCCAGCUGUGGAUUCUUUCCAUCUUUAUGAUAGAUUGGGAAGAGCUGUUUCACACAAUGAACGGCUAGAAGUGGAUCGGAUUCCAGCUAUUGUGGAGCUGUGUAUUCAGGCUGGCUUGGAUAUUCCCAUCUAUCCAACAAGACGGCGAGAGUUCCCAGUUUAUCGUGUUGCUGGUAGGAUGAUUGACUUUGAGAAGAGAUUUCCGAAAAAUGAUAUCUCGGGAAAGUACAUAAAGGCAUUUGGAUUUUGGCACAUCGCAGAGAGUUCAGGAAAAGAUCACAAGCAUUUGUCUUUAACAUGCACCAAUAUCAAAGAGUUUUCUGAACGAGGUAUGAAAGCAUUGGAAACACUACGUUAUGGAGUUGGCAGGCUAAUGCAGAAGUACCCUGUGCAAACAUGUGGCUAUUGUUCCGAGGUGCAAGUAGGGCCUAAAGGGCACAGGGUGAGGCAGUGUCAGGCGUUCAAGCACCAAAUGAGGGAUGGCCAACAUGAUUGGCAAGAGGCAACUAUUGAUGAUCUUGUUCCACCAGUUUAUGUCUGGCAUGUACCAGAUCCAAAGAGCUCUCUUCUUGUUGAUUCUCUGAAGCGAUACUAUGGGAACUUGCCUGCUGUGGUUGAGUUGUUUGCCCAAGCUGGUGCUAGAAUUGGAGAAAGCUAUUGGAGCAUGAUGAGAGAAGAUGUUGUGAUACCCAAACUGGAUGAAGAAAAAUUGGUAGUUUGAAUUGUUUUGCAACAGCUGAAUGUGACAGCAGCAUAUUAUGAAGCGCAACGUAUGGUUCUCUUGCAGAGUCACCGCUCGGACAGAUAGAUCGCAUUGAACAACGCCCUGGGGGAUUGAUGCCUUGGUCAUAGCCUCCUAAAACAUGUACGUUGAUUUCAUUAAAGGUUGUCCAGUAAGAAACUCUAUCUCCAAAUUCUCUGAAGCAUACGUCUGCGAACUCCACAAAGUCCUUCCUGUGUGCAUAAACAUAUUAUUAUACUGUUAUUGCUCUUGAAUUAUAGAAAGAACAGUUAUUUGA